CGAUCGUUUCUGGUGCAAACAUUUAUACAUUUAUGGAACCAUUUACAUUUUUUGGCUUGCUCUACUGGCUGUUGUGCAUGAUACUGUUCGGGCCGGCGAUGUUCUUUGUCUCCGUUUAUCUGCCAGAACUUCCAGUGAGAUAUGUGAAAAGUCUAAGGCAGCAAAGAACAUAUUUAUAAUGAUAAUAAUGUACAACCACCAAUCGAUUUACUGCUCUAAUAAAAAUGUAUUCAAAAGAAAA